AGUCAAAGUAGCAGCACAUUCAUCUCGUCAAGGUCAUCGCUACAUUAUUCUCCUACCGACCGAAUGGAUGACAAUGUCAGCAGAAGAAAAUGAGCAACGGUUUGCUAUAAACCACCUGGAUCUCUCAAAGAAUGACCUAUCAGUAGAAAGAGUUCGAGGCGAUAAUUCGUUGCUGUCGCAGAUGCCUUCUAGCUAUCCCAAUUCAUCUCAUGCCUCGCCGGACGUUCCGGCCUCACAGUGGGUGAUGUCUCAACCGUCCACCGGCACUGUGAUGGCUGCAGUACUCCUUUUUACUGUUCUGAUUGGUUAUCGCAACACUCUCACUAUCGUAUCAUGCAUUAUGAUUUACCUUGUCGGCGUGAUUAUGGCCGUUCUAGCCUUCAACCUUGGUUUGCCACAUUGGAUUCUACGGCACGAUACCUCUCGGAUUCCACUCCACCCAGCAUUAAAGACCCAUUAUAGAAUGCGAUUCUCGACACCAGCUGCCUAUUCAGCUGCUCAAAUCAAGAAAACUUGGGAGACACGGUCUGAUUGGCGUCACGAGCGGCUCCAUUCCAAACUUCUGGAGACGAGCACGUCGGUUCUCGACCGGUUGUUAAUGAAGAUCAUGCGGGAUUUUGUGUGGCAGUGGCACAAUGACCUUGUCCCAUCGCCUUAUGGAUCUCAAAAACCAGGUUCAUCCCAUUCCUCCGCCGACACCUACUCGAGUCCCUCGUUCCCUCUGGCUGUCGAGAGAGUCAUCCGGCAUUGUCUCAAAGUCUUAUUCAUUCGACUUGAGCGACCCGAUUUGGUUGAUUUGGUGGUACACAAAGUAUUGCCAAUUCUAACCACUCAUAUUGAAGCAUUCAGACAAGCCGAGUCCGACUUGCGCGGUGGUGGAAAUUCUGGUCGCCACACCGGGCAUCGUCCUUCCUCGCGCAGAGAUUCACGCGGAGGAAUUUAUGGCGCAUUCUUUAGCUCGGGAAAUGAUGAAAUAGACCUUCUGUUGGCGCGAUUGCAUGCUGAGGUAUUGCGGAAACGGAAUGCGGAAACUGAACGAAAUCCCUCCACCAAUGGCGAUUGUGACGGACCGCGGCCCAUUGUUCGAUUGCAUCCUGCGGUCGACGUUCCUACUCCCAAUUCUCAAGCAUCUGAACAGGCUCACUUGCGUCGCUUGCUCGAUAAGAUAUUACCGAUUCUCCUACCCCCAGCCGAAGCCGGAAGUAGAGCGGUCAAAAUUCUAGUCAUUGAGCUGUUGACAUGUUCAAUCCUGGGGCCGAUCAUAGAGAUGUUAUCCGAUUCUGACUUUUGGAAUCGCCUUGUCGAGGACACGGCCGGCAAUGUGAUACGCGAGCAAAAGAUGGUCGAGCAAUUGAGAGAAGUUUUAGAUCGACAGCUGGCGCUCGCGAGCAUGGCCCCCUCCUCAAACACUUCUAGUUUUCACAAUGACGCUUCUAAGGACGAGCAUGAGACACUACCAAAUUCCUCAAGUGCCAGACCGAACAAUGCGCCAGCUGAAGGUUCUAAGGAUUCGACUCUCACUGAUCAGUACCCUUUUAAGGGCGUGUCAGCAAAACCGACCGACCGAAUAUCAGUCAAGAGCAGUGUCAAAGAUUUUGAACGAAUUUCACGAUCGCUACAUAGAUGCAACACUUUGUUUGAUGUACGGCGGCUCAAAAAUGAUAUCGAGACUGAAAUUAGGAGGACAGAAGCUCUGUUGACCGGUCGUAUCAAUCUCGAGGAAAACAGUGACGUAGAAAUCAAUCACAAUGCCCCAUCUACUGCUGUCACGGGCCUAAAUUCAUCAAAGAUCCAGUCGCGUGAUCUUGUGACUUAUCUAGAGCGCCUUCAAGCUGUAAGAGAAACUGCCGAUCAUCGAAUCGCUGCCCUAGGUGGCGCUGGAGGUCCAAUCCACACCAACCGGAGCCUUAGCGCUAGAUCCAAGACUGCGAACGCAUAUACUCAGCAACACCCACCACCAUCACAAAACUCAAUACCUUCUCAAUUCGGCCAUAAACCCAGUGAUAUUCUACAAGCCAUCUUGAGAGAUCGAGAAAGCCCUGCGUUGUCAUACUUCACUGAAUUUAUGGAUCGUAGGCGACGUGUCAACUUGGUUCAAUUCUGGUUGGCGGUAGAUGGUCUCAAAGAUCCCUUGGAGGAAGAACUAGUCUUGGAAGAUACCUCAUCGCCAGGACUCCAAAACGCAGGUCGCCCUCACAACUCGUCUCAUUUCUCUUCUUCAGCUACCCAGGCGACAGACGACCAAGAGAGCACCAAUCGAGACUGGGAAGCUUUGAAAGAUGAUCUCAAGGCCAUAGCGGCAAUCAACUUUGGUUCUGUCGCGGCUAUGAGCGCCCUCGGACUCCGAGAAGAGGACGUAUUACCUCUACUGCGAUUCUUGUCGGUCGAUCCUGGCUCAUAUAGUUCAGAGACAGCCCCCACGAUCGAUAAGGCAUUACCUGCGCUGGCCAAUGUCAAAGAAGCCAAGAACCGGCUGUUCAAUAUGCAGCACAAAGUCUUUGAGCGGAUGUUGUGUGAGGACUUCCCAGCAUUUUCCGCUUCUGGUGACUUAUACCUCCGAGCCACAGCGUCGGUCAUACUCAGACCGUCUCGCUCUAAGCCCGCCUCAUCAAAUGCAUCCAUCUCUGAAGAUAUUUCACACUCAUUGCGUCAGAAGGCGCGACCAGCCCUGUUGCCAGGGAUGUCGAUGUCUCCUAUCAAGUCUAGAUCACCUCCGAUUCACCAAUCCGAUUCACCUGUCUAUUCUGAUCUAGGUUUUGAUGGACCGACUAGCCCACAGUCUGCGGGCCAUAACGCACCCAAAGUUCGACGCCCUUUAGUCCGGUCAAAUUCCGACGAGCCCAAAAUACGACCCACAAAUCCACUCACACUACUCGCACAAUAUCAAUCAUUUCGCACGAGUGACACAGAUUUCGGCUCCAGUGUAAUCGAACAUACGUCCCGAACACCGCCACGUGUUGUCCAACAGAGUUGGAAGCCAAGCGAUCGAUCGAGGCUUACAAGGGGUACAGUCGCAACAGUCUUACCUCCUCAAGUCACACUCCAAGCAGCGUUUGAUGAACGCUUACCAAGCGAAAGGUUAACUGGCACCACUCACUACAGUCGUCAAAGUAGUAACCAAUAUGCUGAGCGACAAUCCACGCCAAUAGUUGAUGCAGAGGCCAAGCCGUUUUUGCUAUCCCCUUCAUCAAGUUCGAGCUCUCGUCAAAACCAUAUCACCAGUUCAUCUAGUCUUGAUUUUCUCAUGUUUCCUUCAACCAGUGAUCGUGCCCCAUUGUUCGGUGAGGACCUAGACCGCCAUCAUCAGGAUAUGACGCGACUGAGGUGCGUUUCUGAUCAGUUCACCAAAAUACCGAAAUCGGGACAACCGGGACCUAGGCCUCAAUCAGAAUUGAGAUUGAGAACUCGAGCGAAUAAGCAAGAAGGAAGCUCAGGAGAGAAUAGCUCGUCACAGUUUCCACAAGCCACAGAGCCUUCCAUGAAUCUGGCUGCUUCGAUAGCGUUACAGGAAGCCUUGAGUUCAAUCAUAUCGACGGCAGACGACGAAACUUCUGCUGAUGAGCCAGUGCUCCGCAUAUCAUCUUCACCAUCGGGAACCUCGCCACGUAUCAACCCGUCUCAUUCUGAUACCCUCGCGAGCCAGCUUCCUACUACGUCCCAAUCGUCUAGUCAUAGAGCUGAUGAUGUAAGUGGUGAGUCUGAUAACAUAUGUUCUAUGAAAUUAUGCGAUUCUGAGGUUCUUUCGACCCGUCCAUUCACAGAACACGCCCAUCAGCGCAAAGGACUUUUUGAUGACGAUCCAGACUGGGAUUCCGACGACUGGGAUCCGAGGGACGCUACAUACGGCUCAAUACACUCACAGUCUACCGCUCAGUCAAGUUCCAUACGAACACUUCGUGGACUAGGUUUUGAUUCACGUACCCAUGGGCGUAGUGCCUCGCGAGACCGCGCCCAGUCUAGUAUUAUGAUCACGGGUAUUUCAGAUGCCGACGAGCGUAUAGUGAAGUUAGAGAACCAACUCAAUUUGCUGUCUAGUCUCAUGCGACGGGCAGAGCUUACAGGAAACCGAUUGGAGAUUAGGCUGGUACGAAAGUCAAUGGACUCGGUGGGCCGCGAAUUAUCGGAAGUGAUCUAUCAGAAGACUAGAUUAAUUGAACAAAAGGAAAUCGAAGUAGGCGGAUUUCGGGCCAAAUUGAUCCCAGGAAGGGUGAGAGUAUCCAUCACUGGCACGGCCUACCGCUCCGUGUCUACUAGCAGUGCGCCACUUGCAGCGCGAGGCUCCAACCUGUCUCCCAUCAAAAGUGGGCCGACUUACUCGACGAUGAACCUAGCCACGGCAGCUACUGGUUUAGUGACAGGCGGCACUCAAGAUGUAGUUUUAUACACAAUCGAGGUACACAAACUCACCGAGGAAGAUGGCAGUUUUGGGUCGGGUUGGAUAGUGACAAGAAGAUAUAAUGAAUUCAAUCUACUUCAUAAAGCGCUAAAGGAUCGAUAUACUAUAGCUCGUCAACUCGAUUUCCCUGCCAAAAGCAUUGGUAUUGGCAUAGGUAUCAGUAUAGGAACAAACAACAGUCGCGGUUUGGUAGAGCAGAGAAAGCUUGCUCUUGAACGCUAUCUGAGGUCAUUGAUACAAAUUCCAGUCUUGUGCGAAAGUCCAGAAUUGGCAGGGUUUUUAUCGCGGUCGAAAGCCAACCUCCCAUUUCUACCAGAGGAUCCCAGUACAAGUCUGCGGCGGCAGAUGGAACUUUUUGCUGGAUCUGGUUUUGUCAGAUCGAUCUACAAGUCCAUCACUUCUAGCGGUAUGUCGAGCGUGGACGACAAUGGUCGUAGACGCAACCCAGUCACCUCACCGCCUUCGAUGUUCGAAGUGAUGUUGAGUGGAUUGCGUCAGCAGGCUCAUGAAUUUGCCUAUGGCUACCCCUCAGGGUCUUCAGGAGUCACAGCUCCAAGUUUAAAUUCGACAGUCUCGCCAGAAAGUAUCACAAGACAAUCUAGUGGCACAAAGCAGUCAGAUGAAUCUUCUCGGAAGUCACAAGAUGAAUACUACGAGGGAGAUGCCCUUGCAAACUUAACCACCAACGUACGACCCAUCGAAGGCGAGCUGCUCACCUCCUUCACAGCACCAAUCUGUGACUUUCUGAUUGAGAUCUUUGAGCUAAAUGACAAGAAUCAAUGGUUGAGGAAGCAAGGGAUUGUGAUCGUAUUGCAACAAAUACUGGGAGGUACUAUUGAGAGAAAAUUGCGUGAAUCGAUAUCUGAAUAUUUAGACGACGAGCAUCUAUCACAGCUUAUCGGUAUGCUUGAAGAAAGUCUGUGGGAGCCUGAAACAGAGGGUGGAAAGCUGAAGAAACCGCCGCCGCCAAGGACAUUUGAACAAAAGAUUGGAACGCGUGACGGUGCCUAUCGUAAAUUGUCUGCUAUCAUUCCAGAUCUCGCUGCUAGUGUAUUAGGUCGUUCUAAUGCGCGUAGAGGAGUCAGAAGAUUGUUUUCAAUGUGUCAAAAUCGAAGGCUAAAUAAACAUUUGAUUUACACCAUCAUUGAUGAGGUGUUACGAACAUUGUUUCCAGAAGCCGGAAUUUGAGCCUCUUGAUACCCCACCAAUGAUGUUAUCACAUCCUAUAUUUUUCUUCCCCUUUUUCAUGGGUUAGAAAUACCAAACCUCAAAUUUGAGAUCUUUCUUUAACAUUUCACUUACAUUUAGGUUGUUUGAUCUCAUGAUUCGCUCUGCAUGCUUCAUAAUAAUUAUAAUAUAAAUGUACUUCUUUGUAUUGAUUCACAUAGGUCUAGUGCUAGAGACUGUUUGAGAUUCAAAUUGCUUAGGAUAUGGAUCACUCUAGUCUAUCAUAUCAUCAAUCCUAAAAUAUCAACAUGUGAUGCCACUGCUGACACAUCACGGCUAUGUACAUCAUUCUUAUCAAAAAACCGACAGGUUGGGUCCGAGUGGGUCAAUUGAAAGAUCAGCAAUGUGAAUCUUUGAUAAUCAU